CUCAGCGCGCUCCCGCGGAUGGCUGGCAAGAUGGCGACGCUCAUCCCCUUCACACAGUUAUCCAGUGGCAAUCCAUUGUAUGAAACCUAUUACAAGCAAGUGGAUCCUUCUCACACUGGACGGGUGGGACCAGCAGAAGCUGCUUUAUUCCUCAAGAAGUCCUCUCUUUCAGAUAUUAUCCUUGGGAAGAUUUGGGACCUGGCUGAUCCUGAAGGGAAAGGUUUCUUAGACAAACAGGGAUUCUUUGUGGCUCUGCGGCUGGUAGCUUGUGCACAGAGUGGGCAUGAAGUCAGCCUGGCAAGUUUAAACAUUCCAGUGCCGCCUCCAAAGUUUCAUGAUACGAACAGUCCCCUAUUAAUCACUCCUCCAUCUACUGAGGGACAUUGGUCAGUUCGGAUAGAAGAGAAAUCCAAGUUUGAUGGUAUUUUUGAAAGCCUGCUACCUGUGAAUGGCUUACUAUCUGGGGAUAAGGUGAAGCCGGUACUUAUAAAUUCAAAGCUACCUCUGGACAUUUUAGGAAGGGUGUGGGACCUAAGUGACAUAGACAAGGAUGGACAUUUGGACAAAGAUGAAUUUGCAGUGGCGAUGCAUCUUGUAUACAGAGCACUGGAGAAGGAACCAGUCCCGCCAGUAUUACCACCAUCCCUCAUCCCCCCAAGCAAGAGAAAGAAGACUCCCACGUUUCCUGGAGCUGUUCCUGUCCUCCCUGCAAGCCCCCCACCUAAAGACAGCUUGCGCUCCACCCCAUCACACGGCAGCAUGAGCAGUUUAAACAGUGCAGGCAGCUUGUCUCCCAAACACUCCUCCAAAGCCACUCAGCCUGCUUUAAACUGGGUGGUACCCAUGGUAGACAAGAUACGUUACGAUGACAUUUUCCUGCAAACCGAUCUGGAUAUGGAUGGAUACGUUAGCGGGUUGGAAGUGAAGGACAUCUUCAUGCAGUCUGGCUUAGCUCAGAACCUCUUGGCGCACAUAUGGGCUCUUGCAGACACUAGGCAGAUGGGAAAACUGAGCAAGGAUCAGUUUGCUCUAGCCAUGUAUCUCAUACAACAGAAGGUCAGCAAAGGAAUUGAUCCUCCCCAGGUUUUGUCUCCAGACAUGAUUCCACCAGGAGAAAGAAGCACCCCUAUUCAGACCCUGUCUGGUUAUAUGACCCCCAUAGGAAACGAAAUCCCAAACUUAACAGAAAUGCGCCGUGAUAGCUCCAGCUCGGUUGGCUCUGGAGAAUUUACUGGAGUUAAGGAACUGGAUGAAAUUAGCCAAGAAAUAGCACAACUUCAGCGAGAAAAGUAUGCCUUGGAGCAAGAUAUCAGAGAAAAGGAGGAAGCUAUUAGACAGAAGACCACAGAAGUACAGGAGUUACAAAACGAUUUGGAUAGGGAAACAUCCACGCUACAAGAGUUGGAAACGCAAAAACAGGACGCACAGGAUAGACUUGAAGAAAUGGACCAACAAAAGGCCAAAUUAAAGGACAUGCUUAAUGAUGUCCGUCAAAAAUGCCAGGAAGAAGGACAGAUGGUGAGCAAUAAAAUACUCCCAUUCCCUCCCUUUCCUUCUUUCUUCUUCUUUCCUUUUCUUUGUUUGUUUUGGAUAAACCUGAAAAUUCAGUAUUUGAUUCCAGGAACCUCUGGACUCUUGCCAUCUGACGCUACGUUCCCUUUCAGCUGUAAAGAUUCAUCUUAUGGAGCCAGAUGCAAACUAUCACAGCUGCAGGAGAGCCAGCAAGAAAUGAACAAGAGCAUCGAGCAAUACAGUGAAGCUCUGAAUGGAGAUCUUAGGGGUAGUCUAAACAACCUGUCUGAAAUAGAGAACUUUCCCCAGAGAGAGAGGCCAGAGCUGCCUUCAACAACGGAUGAUACGUUUAAAAGUAAAUCAGUACUCAAUAAUAGUAGCCAGGAUAUUUACACUGAUCCGUUCCAAGCAGAAGACUUGUUUACAACUGACCCCUUCAAAGGAGCAGACCCCUUUAAAAGCAAUCCUUUCGGAGACGACCCAUUUAAGGAGACUGAUCCAUUCCACGCCCCCACAUCAGAAGACCCUUUUAAGAAGCCAGCCAAAGGCGAUCCCUUUUCUGCUGACCCAUUCACUAAGAAUAAUGUUCACUCAAUGACCCUGCCCUUAAAGUCUGAUCCUUUUGAAAGCCGAGAUCCUUUUUACUCAUCCACAUUGCCAAAGAAAGAGCCAGACCCAUUUGGAACUUUAGACCCUUUUGGGAGCAGUGCAUUCAGCAGCAAUGAAAGUUUUGCAGAUUUUAGCCAGAUGUCAAAGCACCAGACUCCUGAUCCCUUUGCCGCCACCUUCCCCGGAUCUGCAUUUUCAGAGGAUCCAUUUAAAAGCAAGCAUGAUAUCCCAGCAUUACCCCCCAAGAGGAGUGUCCCUCCCCGGCCAAAACCUCCUAGUGGUAAAAGUACUCCUGUGGGUCAGCUAGGCUCAUCACACUUCCAGAAGUCUCACGACCCUUUUCAGCCGUUUGGGACUGAACCUGGAGACCCUUUCCAGAGCAGGAAGGCUUUUACAGACCCCUUCAGCGGCAAGGACCCCUUCGCUUCUUCACAGUCGGGAAAACACUCUAAGGGGACCUCCGCCGGGUUUGCAAACUUUGGCUCUUUUGGGAAUGAAGAGCAACAACUUGCCUGGGCCAAACGCGAGAGUCAGAGGGCUGAAAAGGAGAGACUUGAUCGUUUAAAAAGGCAGGAACAAGAAGACCUUGAGUUAGCAAUUGCCCUCAGCAAAGCAGAAAUGCCCAGCUCUUGAGAACCACAGCAUCCUCACCCAUCCCCACCUUCAUUCAUGGCUCCCCACACCAUCCAUAGAGCAACCUACACCGUCUCUGGGGUCAGAGCAGUGGUGUGAAACAGAAUAGGACAUCUUAAACUAGCCGUCUUUUAAUUCUGAACGUUUAGCCAAUCACAGGGGAGCUGUACCAAUGCCAUCUCCUGUACUAAAUUGGAACGAUUGACAGAAGUUUUCAAAUGCACAUCUUUCUUCUGCAGAGUUGCUUGAUUCCAACCCACUUUUUUAUUUUUAUUAAGGAAUCUAUUUUUAUUAUUCAUUUUGUUUCUCCCCCAUUUCCCCAACCACACAUUUUGCAGGUUAUUCAGCAAGUAUUGUGAUGUCAUAAAAGAUGUCCCCUGCCCUUAGGUUGGCGAGGAAUACUGAUAAAAAUUGGAGACAAGGAAAGCUAGGAGUUUAAAGCAGUAACUUUGUGUUGGGAAAAUAUUGCAAAUGUGCCCUGCUAUUGUAAUAUACAGCCCUGGUAUAUGGAAGGUGAUCAUUUUAUCUUUUUUUUUAUUUUAUUUACUUGCAGAUUCAUAUAUGCUUUUAUCAUGAAUUUAUUUCUGUUAGCAAAUGGCAGCUAUUUUAAAAGUAGUAAAAAAGUUUAUCCAUUGUCUAUUAUAAUUGAAUUUUAGCGUAUAUUUAUAUUAUUCAUGUAAAGAAUAGUUCCCGUCAGCUUCUAGCAAUUAAAUCUUAAGGAAAUCCCUGCUUAAGGACAUAUGGGUGUGAUUUCUGUCCUUAGAAAUUACAUCUUCUGGGGAGGCACUAGCAAGGCAAAAGACUAAGUAAUGUUUAAAAAAAAAAGGUUUGUUGCUAUUAUAAAUGGAAUUGAAAACAGAAUCUUAGCUGUCAGAUGUUACCAAAUGAUUGUCCAAAUAGGUGUUCUUUAUGAACAGACAAUGUAAGAAUAGAGUUUUUAAAGAGACAUUCUACUGUAAAAAUAAAAUGCUCCAUUUUGCUAGAUCAUUUUAUUGUUCAAUUUAAGAUGCUGCUCCAUAUGAGGAUAUAACUUUUGAACCAAUUAGGAUCAGGCAUUCUUCAUGUAUUCUUCCAUCACUGGCUACAUCCUUAUGUGGAGAGGCAAGAGGGUGUUCCAGAACUAUGGUUUUGACUAUGUGUUUAACCCGGGGGUAAGAAAAAUGAAUUAAUGUAAAACUAAAAUGUUCCUAUAUUUUAUUUCUACACUAGAAUGUUUCUUUAUAUCCCAAUACGUACGUAUGUUUUCCUUCUUAAAAUACCUUCUUUCUGUCAGAGGCUAUAAACAAUCCAUACACUGUU